UUUCCUGCCUCCCCGGGCCGGGCUGGAUGAGCCAGGAGCUCCCCACCGCUGACGGUCAUACCCCAGGCUCCAUCUGCAGCCACUGGCCCAGACUGCUGCCACCACUGCUGUCCACCCCAGGGGAGCCCAGCACUCCCUCCCUGCUCAUUCCUCGGCCAGCAACGCCCAGCUUGGCCCUGCACCCCUGUGCCCACUUCUCCUGACCCCUCGGCCUACACCUCAGAAGGCUGGAGCAGGGACGCCGUCGCUCCGGCUGCCUGCUCCCUUUGGGUCCCCGCGCGAGCCCACGCCGGCCCCCGCGCCCGCCCGCAGCCCUGCCCCUGGACACCGGAUAAGGCCCAGCACACAGACCCCCGAGUGGACAGCAUGGACCGAAGCAAGCUCUCCCUGGUCGUGGCCCUACUGCUGGCCGUCUGCAGCCUCAGCCCCACAAGUCUUGCAGAAACAGUCUAUUGUGACUUACAGCCUGUGGACCCUGAGGUGACAUAUAUCACAACCCAGGUUUCUGAGGGCUGCGUGGCUCAUGUCCCCAAUGCUACCACUGAAGUCCACAUCUUGUUCCUGAAGUUCCCAAAGGACAUGUCGAAGCUGGAGCUGACUGUCCAAAUGCCCAAGCAAAAUGGCACCCGGCCCCGAGAGGUGCUUGUGGUCAUAAGCACAGAGAAGUUUAUCUUCCUACAGCUGCAAAACCCAGGAUUCCCGCUCCACCUGGCCUACGACCCCAGCCUGGUCACCUUUCAAAAGAUCUCAGGAGUCAAUGUCACACAACUGCCGGUCUUCACUACCAAGAUCCAGGUCCUCAACUGGGCACGUACAAGGGGCGCCAUUACCUCUACCGCCGAGCUGAAUGACCCCCAAAAUAUCUUUCUGCAUCUGGACCAAGCCCCCAGGUCACCAUCCUCCUGCAGUCCCGAACCCCUCAUGGACAUGGGCCACACUCUCGAAUGGACGCCACGCACCAAGGCCUUGGUCCAGGGCUGCCGCUUGGAAGGUGUGGCCGGCCACAAGGAGGUGCACAUCCUCAGGGUCCUGCCGGGCCCGGAGCCCAGGCCCCGGACGGUGACUGUGAAGGUGGAGCUGAGAUGCGCCUUGGGGGAUCCCGGCGCCGUGCUCAUCCUGCAGGGUCCACCCUACGUGUCCUGGCUCAUCGACGCCAACCACAACAUGCAGAUCUUGACCACUGGUGAAUACUCUUUCAAGAUCUUUCCAGCGAACAACAUCCGUGGCGUCGAGCUUCCAGAUACACCACAAGGCCUGCUGGCGGAGGCCCGGAGGCUCAACGCCAGCGUGGUAGCGUCCUUCGUGGAGCUGCCUGUGGCCAAUGAGGUCUCUCUGCGUGCCAGCAGCUGUGGCAGUGGGCUGCAGACCUCACCCCCACCUGUCCAGACCACCCCUCCCAAGGAGACCUGCGAUCAGGAGCUGCUCAUGUCCUUGAUCCAGCCGAAGUGCUCUGAUGACAUCAUGACUCUGGUACUCAAGAAAGAUCUCAUCUCGACUUUGAGGUGCAGCAUCAUGAGCCUGACCUUCUGGGACCCCAGCUGCCAGGCUGAGGACAGAGGUGACCAAUUUGUCUUACGCAGCGCCUACUCCAACUGUGGCAUGGAAGUGACAGAAAAUGUGGUCAAUAACGAGGUAGUUGUCAACCUCCUGUCGAGCUCAUCACCACAGCGGAAAAAGGUGCAGUGCAUCAGAAUGGAAAGCUUCUCCUUACAUCUGGGACUCUACCUCACCCCGCAGUUCCUCCAGGCCUCCAACACCAUCGAGCUGGGGCAGCAGGGCUUCGUGCAGGUGAGCAUGUCCCCAUCGAUCCCUGAGCUCAUGCUCCAGCUGGACAGCUGCCAUCUGGAUUUGGGGCCUGAAGCAGAGACCGUGGAACUCAUCCAGAGCCAGGCAGCCAAGGGCAGCUGUGUGAGCCUGCUGUCCCCAAGCCUUCAUGGUGACGCGCGCUUCAGCUUCCUUCUCCGUGGUUACAUGGUGCCCACGCCCAAGGCUGGCACCCUCAUCUGCACCGUAUCUCUGCGCUCCAGGAAUUCCCUGGAAGCCCACAGGACUGCCUCCAUGCGCCUGAACAUCGUCAGCCCUGGCAUGCCUGGCAAAACCCUUGUCCUGCCCGCCGUGCUGGGCAUCACUUUUGGCGCCUUCCUCAUCGGGGCCCUGCUCACCGCUGCACUCUGGUACAUCUACUCGCACACGCGUCCCCCCAGCAAGCGGGAGCCCGUGGUGGCAGUGGCUGCCCCGGCCUCCUCAGAGAGCAGUAGCACCAACCACAGCAUCGGGAGCACCCAGAGCACCCCCUGCUCCACCAGCAGCAUGGCGUAGCACCCAGCCAGGAGCCCUGGGGGCCACCCAGCCAGCCCUUGCCCAGCAGGAGAGACUAAGCAGCCACCAGCUGGAAACUACUGGCCAUGAACUCACCCCGGGACCCCAACCCUUCUGCUCGACCAAGGAUGGACCGUGCCUUCUGCGUCCGCCCCUCCUGCCUCCCUCUCAGAGGCCUGCUGCCAGCGGGGGCACCAGCUUGGAACACCUUGGGGUCCCCUUACCCCGUCCUGCAGAACCUUCAAACUCAGUGGGCCUGGGGUACGGCUGCCCAGGACCACGGAGAGACAGACCAUUGCCCUGUAUGUCCACAUUGUUGUAGCAAGUCCCUGUUAUUUUCACCCGGAUCCUGCACUCAGUGACCUGGGCUGGGCAGGAGGUGAGAACUCAAAACAGACUCUGCCCAGCCCACCCCGGCCGAAAGCACCUCCUCCGUGGCCAGCCCAGAACCGCCAGGAUCUGAUCCCAGCAGCAUCCAUACCUGGACUGGCACAACUUUGGGAGGGGGUACUAAAGCCUAGGGGUACCCACCCUGGGGAUGGGGUUGCCUAGCUCCUUCCUGCAACUGUCACAUGGAGACCCCUCCCUCCUAGCCCAGCAGGAAGGCAGCAGAUGGGAGUGGCCAGGCUGCCUGACCUGGGCCCACCCCUGUAUACUCACCACCAAUAAAUCAGACCAUGAAACCAG